CCUCAACCUCGACCUCAACCUCAUCAUCAACACCCCCAUCUCACUCCAUCCACCCGCCGCACCCCCACCCCACCACUGACCAACUCACCUCACCCGAAUUCCAACCACCAAAAUGACUCAACCACCCUCCGACAACACCACCAACACCAACGACGAUGAAAUCUUCGCCGACGUAGAGGCGGAAGCAGCCGCCAUGGCCGCAGCAAUGGGUUUCUCCUCCUUCGGCCAACAAGCUCCCCUUGCCGGAGACUCCGAUGCCGACGAAACCUCUGCUGCUGAUCCUAACGGACGUCCCUCUAAGAAACGGCGCUACAACUCCCGCGUCGACGCCUACGUCGGUCCGACACCACAGGGUACGGGGGCGAAUGACGUCCCUGUUCAACGGAGGGUUUUUGCUUCCAAGAGUGAGAAGGAAGACAAUGUUGGGGAUGAGAACGAGAUCAACCUCGACAUCGACGACAACGACAACGACAACGACGAAAAUCCCGCUGCCGAGGCUUCAUCGACUACCACCACCAUCACGCUUCCAAUCAACCCAUCUCUACCACCCAAACCACCGCAAAUCCAAGUGUCGAAUCACGGCUUCAACAACAACAACCUUCACAACCAAAGAGGUGGCCACAGUGGCCACGGCGGACGAGGUGGUCGCGGCGGCGUCGGCGUCGGCGUCGGCGGUAGGGGUGGACAUGGCGGUCACGGUCACGGACGCGGCGACCCCUCGAAACCUUGGUACACCGAUUACUACGACCCAUCAAGCAACGAGAACCCCUGGGAGCGAUUGGAGCAGCAGCGCGGGAUGGAAGCCGUGGGGAGCUGGCUACCUAGUCGGUCUGGAGGUGGCGGAGGCGGUGGCCGUCGUGGAGGGCUCGGGUCUGGGUCUGGGUCUGGGGCUUCUGGUUCUCAGCAGGAGGGUCAGCCGGUCGUAUAAGCUGUACCUACUGUACAGCAGGGGCCUUAUGUGGAGGUGAAGGCCCUUCAUCACUUCUGGUGCACCGACAUGAUGCAAUGUGGAUGGUGACGAUGAUGGCGAUGGUGACGAUGGUGGUGAUGGUGAUACAGGAGGAGACGCCGAUAUCAGUAUCGAAAGUCCAAGCAGGGGUUGAAGCUGAAGCUGAAGGUGAAGCUUGGAGUGCGCGCGCCGACGGUCGAUGUGUGGCUCCGCUGCUGCUCAUGCUGCUGCUCUGCCUGCUGGCAAUGUUUAUGAUUGCCAUGGCAGUGGUGGUCAG